CGCCGGAGGGGUGGCGGUUGGGCGGGGAAGUGCAGGGUAGGGUCUCUGGAGCUUCUCUUCUUUGCUGCUGGGGGUGGACUGAGGGGCCUGCUCCGCCCCCCCGCCUUCCAGCCGCGGUGGGCGCUUUCCUCCCCCGAGCCCCCGACCCAGCGGCGGACCCAGCUUCCAUUUGAGCAUGAGUCUUCUUAUGAUUAGUGAAAAUGUAAAAUUGGCUCGUGAAUAUGCUUUGCUGGGAAACUAUGACUCUGCGAUGGUCUAUUAUCAGGGAGUACUUGAUCAGAUGAACAAAUAUCUGUACUCAGUCAAAGAUACAUACCUCCAGCAAAAAUGGCAACAGGUUUGGCAAGAGAUAAAUGUGGAAGCUAAACAUGUUAAGGAUAUCAUGAAAACACUAGAAAGCUUUAAAUUAGAUAGCACUCCUUUAAAAGCUGCACAUCAGGAACUUCCAGCUUCAGAGGGAGAAGUUUGGUCCUUGCCAGUACCUGUUGAAAGAAGACCAUCACCAGGACCCAGAAAACGUCAGUCUCCUCAGUAUAGUGACUCUAGACUCCAUGGUAACCGUCCAAGUGCAGCAGUCAAAGUUCCUCAUCGCCCAUCUUCGCAAAAUCCCAACAAUGACAAAGGAAAAGCAGUCCGUUGUCGAGAAAAGAAAGAGCAACAGAAUAAAGGAAGAGAAGAAAAGAAUAAAUCACCUGCUGCAAUUACUGAACCAGAGACAAAUAAAUUUGAUGGCACGGGAUAUGAUAAAGACUUAGUAGAAGCUUUGGAAAGAGAUAUAAUUUCUCAGAAUCCAAAUAUUCGAUGGGAUGACAUAGCUGAUUUAGUAGAAGCUAAAAAAUUACUCAAGGAAGCAGUGGUUUUACCUAUGUGGAUGCCAGAAUUCUUUAAGGGAAUUAGGAGACCAUGGAAAGGAGUAUUGAUGGUUGGUCCACCUGGCACUGGAAAGACUCUGCUCGCUAAAGCGGUAGCUACUGAAUGCAAAACAACAUUUUUCAAUGUUUCUUCAUCAACACUUACCUCCAAGUACAGAGGAGAGUCUGAGAAGCUUGUUCGCCUUCUGUUCGAAAUGGCUCGAUUUUAUUCUCCAACAACAAUAUUUAUUGAUGAAAUAGAUUCCAUUUGUAGUCGCAGAGGAACUUCUGAGGAACAUGAAGCAAGCCGAAGGGUAAAAGCAGAACUACUGGUCCAGAUGGAUGGUGUUGGAGGGGCUUCUGAAAAUGAUGACCCUUCCAAAAUGGUUAUGGUUCUUGCUGCUACUAAUUUUCCUUGGGAUAUUGAUGAGGCUUUAAGACGACGACUAGAAAAAAGAAUUUAUAUUCCACUACCAUCAGCAAAGGGCAGAGAAGAGCUCUUGCGAAUAAGUCUGCGUGAACUGGAAUUGGCUGAUGAUGUUGACCUUGCAAGUAUUGCGGAAAAUAUGGAAGGUUAUUCAGGUGCAGAUAUCACAAAUGUAUGCAGAGAUGCAUCUCUGAUGGCCAUGAGAAGGCGCAUUGAAGGUUUGACACCUGAAGAAAUCAGAAAUCUUUCCAGAGAUGAAAUGCAUAUGCCUACAACUAUGGAAGACUUUGGAAUGGCUUUAAAAAAGGUUUCUAAAUCAGUAUCUGCUGCGGACAUUGAAAGAUAUGAAAAAUGGAUAGUUGAAUUUGGAUCAUGCUAAAUUCUUUUUUAAAGUAAACUGUGAGAAACCUGCCUUAUGUUGUUUCAAUAGUAAUGAAAAGUAGUAUUUCAUUGCACUGAGUGCUAUAUUUUUUUAAACUUUCAUAAUGAUAAUUAUAAAAGGAACUCAUGAUUCUGAAUAAAUGUAAUUUUUUUAAGCUGCA